GGUCCCUUUGGUGCCUGGCUCUGGAGCUGGGCUGCCAUCCCUACAUAAGAAGCAGACCCACCUCCGCGGAGCCCAGGGCCAGAGCAGCCUUGGCUUUCCUGCACCUCCAAAAGAGGAUCCUCAGCCUUGGAGCCAAGUUGGCCAUGCCAGAAUCUGCAAAUUUCAGAAUGCCAAAAGACAGGAUGAAGGUUUUCUGGACACUUGUGGCCAUCCUGCUGUUACCAGAUGAAGCUCUUGUUGUCCGAGUGGCUCGGACACGGAGGGAGCUGGCUCCAGGUUUGCAUGAGCGAGGAAUCCGGGACGCGGGGGGCUCUUACUGCCAACGCCACGAUGCCUGUUGCAACGGGAGGGAUGACGACUGUACCGUGCCUUACCUCGACACCAUUUGCUACUGCGAUCUUUUCUGCAACCGCACAGUAUCUGACUGCUGCCCGGAUUUCUGGGAGUACUGCUUAGGCAUUGAGCCUCCCUUCUCUGUCCAGAAAGCCUGCAUCCGCAAUGGGAACAAAUUCCCCGGAGGCGCAACCUACAGGGACAACUGCAACCUCUGCACUUGCCAUGCAAAUGGACACUGGGUCUGUGAAGACCACGCAUGCCUCAUCAAUGGAGACAUGAUCGAUGCCAUCAACAGAGAGAAUUAUGGGUUCUCCCCUGUCUUUAGAUGGAGAGCUUCAAACUACAGUCAGCUGUGGGGCAUGACACUGGACGAAGGCAUCCAAUACCGCCUGGGGACCAUCAAGCCUCCCACCUCGGUCAUGAAUAUGAAUGAGCUCCAGGUGAACAUGGAUGAGAAUGAGGUGCUGCCUCCAUAUUUCAAUGCUGCGGAUAAGUGGUCUGGGAUGAUCCAUGAACCCCUGGACCAGGGCAACUGUGCCGGAUCAUGGGCUUUUUCUACUGCAGCGGUGGCUUCAGACCGGAUCUCGAUCCAUUCUAUGGGGCACAUGACGCCUGCCUUAUCCCCACAGAACCUUCUUUCUUGCAACACACGCCACCAGCAAGGCUGCAAUGGAGGCCAUCUUGAUGGGGCCUGGUGGUUCCUGCGCAGGAGAGGGGUGGUGACAGAUGAAUGCUACCCUUUCAGCAGCCAAGAAAAGAAUGGCUCCCCCCCUGCACCCCUUUGCAUGAUGCACAGCCGCUCCACUGGCAGAGGGAAGAGGCAAGCCACGGCACGCUGCCCCAACCCACGGACCCACUCCAAUGAGAUCUACCAGUCGACUCCCGCCUAUCGCCUCUCCUCCAAUGAGAAGGAAAUCAUGAAAGAGCUGAUGGAGAAUGGGCCAGUGCAAGCUAUCAUGGAAGUGCAUGAAGACUUCUUCGUGUAUAAAACUGGCAUUUAUCGGCAUACGCCUGUGGCAGCUGGGAAGCCGGAACAGUACCGGCGGCAUGGCACCCAUUCAGUUAAAAUCAUAGGGUGGGGAGAAGAACAAAUGCCGGACAGGUCAAAUCAAAAAUACUGGAUUGCUGCCAACUCCUGGGGCAAGGACUGGGGUGAGAAUGGCUACUUCCGCAUCGCCCGUGGCGACAACGAAUGUGAGAUCGAGACUUUUGUGGUUGGUGUCUGGGGCCGGGUUGGCAUGGAAGACAUGCACCACCACAAGAAGUGAGGAAGUUGGAGAGGGCCCACUUUCCGCUUCAUAUCAGGUCACCAGAGAGAACUUCUUUCGUCCUGUUGCCCUUGCCUUUUUCGUCUCCAAAAAAAACCCAAAGAGGUCUGGGAUCUGGAUCAGCCAUAUGACACUCCACAGCCAACUGUGUCCAUCUCUAAAGGGAAUGAGGUUUGGCCACCAUUUUGAGGCCUGGGUAGUGCCAGGUUAUGCCUCAAAACUGUCCUUUGAGGUGCGGGAUUUGCAAUGGGCGUUGGUGGCCCUUCCUUCAAUGGCUGGAAUCUUCUUGAGAACAAAAUGGUGGUGAAGAAGGAAGCUUUGUCAGAAGGGACCAUGGGAUAGUCAUUGGGUCUUCAUCAUCCCUGAACUAGUUCUCAUGCUCAAAACCAGUGCGUCAAAGAGACACCCAACAAAGAAUACCAUAUUGAGACCCCCCCCCCACCACCAAACAAGAGGGACCACAUUUCCUAAGAACAAGGUGAUUUGAAGAAUGAGCUUCAAGGGAGGAGAAGUUAGCCUCUUGUUUUAUGUAUGUCUCCUGUCAUCCCUUGCAUUCUCACCGGUUUCUCCUAACAAAGCCAUUCCAGCCAUCUUUGUUCUUCAGACCUGACCUUCUCCCAGAUGUCUUCAUGAAGGAGCAGCCAACUCUGGAGAAUUUUUAAAGCUCAGCCAUUCUUCAACUGUGAGUUGGAAGCUCCUCUUAUGUCAAACUCUUCCAUACCUCAGGUACCUCCCGCUAAGUGCUUUCCCCCAUAUGCAAGUCCCUAUGGAGACCACACAAACCCAACCAGGCCUCACAGAUAUAUCUCCCAUACGUUCACUCUUGCAAGCACUCCCCAAGUUUCUUAUUCCCUAGUAGCCACUCCUUAUUCCCAUUCCUUUACCUUAUUAUCUGCUUUUUCCAUGAAGAGGAGUAGGACUGCUUUAUCCUAUGCCCAUACAAGAGGAAGAACCACUCCAAAUUGCAAACAGAGAAAGGAGGAGGCCAUGGCUUCUGGAAUUUGAAGGAGGCAUUUAAAUAACUGCCUAGAUGGGUCCAUCGUCAUUGGACUUCCAAUCCAGGAAUGAACAUGUCCACUUAUGGAGAAAGCAAGCAAAGCUAAGGCUGGGGCCAAGUGUGGAUAGAAUUGCCGACGCUGGAGCAGAAUCUUGGGCUAUGACAAUCUGCACUGGAAAAAUAAUGCAGUUUGACACCACUUUAACCACCAUGGCUCAAUGCUGUGGAAUCCUGGGAUUUGUAGUUUUGUGAGAUAUAUAUAGCCUUCUUCGUCAGAGAGAGCUCUGGUGCUGCAAGAGACUGCAAAUCCCAGAAUUUCAUAGGAUGGAGCUAGGAUAUUUAAAGAGGUAUCACACGGCAUUAGUUCUCCAGUGGAGAUUAGACCAGAUCCACUCCUGACUGAUAGAGAAAACUGCAAAGCUCAUUUUUAAAUGGUUGCAAAGCUGAUGAUUCCUGAUGGUCACUGGUAGUGAACAUUGAAGACCCACAAAGGUUUUGGAGAGAGUAGAGGACAGUACUUCAGCUCUGAUUGAAUGAGUUUCACAGGGAUUUCAGACUUGACACAUGACCCCCAAGUGUGCAAAAAAACAUCAACAGAGGAGAGAGAAGAUGCAUUUCGUAACAAAUAUGGGGACAGAUGUCAUAAACAGUCCUUGGCCUUAGUUCUCCAUCACUGGGCCCUUGACACCAGUAAGACGAAUGUUUCCCUGCCCCUACUAGUGACCAACAGUGAUCUGAAGCAGAAAAACACAGUGUUGAUGCCAGGAGUACAGAGGGAAAUGUCCUACUACGCAUUAGUAUGUUGUUAUCACAGGGGAGAAAUUGUACUCUGUGUUACCGGAAGCAGAAACAGGAACUCGGCACAGGGGUGCUGUGAUUCUUACAAUGUCUUGCUUUGCUCCGAAACAAUAAUGUUGUGAUCUUGCAUCCCAUGGAGUACAAUAACUCCAUCGUAUCACCUGCGGCUAUCCAUAACCAAGCUUCCACCUUCUGCAAGCCGGUUUAUAAAAGCACUCUUUCUCCGUACAAUGCUGGCUCUUAUCUUUUCCAAACAAGGAAACACGAGGAAGCCUUUCCACAAUCCUAUCAAAGGUGUGUGUAAGGGAAUAAGGAUUCUUCUAAGCCUGGUUCCUGGCUUGGUUCUCCGUAAGAUCAGAAACCUGUGUCUGAAGCUGUUACCGUCGCAGACUUCAUGUGACUUUCUUCUCUCGCCCUCCAACCUUUAAAAAACAACUCAUACCGCUUUCUCAUUCCCCUGCAGUAUCUGUUACAAAUUAGGAAUGGAAAGAAUAUUCAUUUCCCAGGUUGUAAAACUGGUUUUUGGAGAGUUGGGAAGAGAGGUGCGUGAGCAAGAACCUUGCAUAAUUUUCUCCCAAUGUUCAAAUGUUCCAAAGUGUUGCAGUGGAGUUACUCCGCAUUGAAAAACACGUCGUUUUUCUUGCACCAAACCUUUGGUUUUCUGCACAGAAAACAGAAUUCCUGUGCCCAAAAAGGGUUUCCUGCACCGAAAAGCUGCAGGAAACUUUUCUUCUGUGUAGGAAGCCUUUCUUCUUUGCAGAAAGCACAGACUUGUGUGCAAAAAGCAAGAAACCCAGACAUGUUUUGCUCCGCCGACUAAUUCACUUGCAACUUGUGAAGUUGAAGGCUUUCAUGUUCGGCAUCCAUAGCUUUUUGUGGGUUUGGGGGGCUAUGUGGCCAUAUUCUAGAAGAGUUUAUUCCUGACGUUUCACCUUCAUCUGUGGCUGGCGUCUUCAUCUGCAACUCUUUGGGACUUUUGGAAUAUAGAGGGAGUACUGUAGAGGAAUAUUGGUGUUCUCUCACAGCCAGGACAAAACUAUGUUUAUUAUGUGUCCUUACAUGGAAGGAUGAAAGUAGUCAAGACUUUACAUCCCUGUUACUAAUGUGGCGUUUUGCUGACGCGAAGGAACGGGUGCACCAGCCCAUGUAUUAUCUGUACUGAAAGGAUUCAUGUCUCCCCCUGCCUUGCUCUGUCCCAUCCGUCGUCUCCCUUUCUUCCCUUUGGGUUUUAUAGGCCUGCCCCUGUGCCCCCUGUUCAGGAUGCACAGGGGGUCUUUUUGGUGCUUUAAUCCCCCCUGAGCUUAACAGAGCCAUUGUUAGGAACCCGGCACUGUUGAAAGGGGACUUUAGCUAGACAUCGUCGCGCCCAGUUUUUGCAAGCUUCACAAGUGUCAGUGUAAACAGGGUGCCGUUCCCGUUCCUGUGAAAGAAGUGGACACAGAGUGCACACAUUAAGGCAGAGCAUAUUUAUGCUUGGCUGCAGCAACAAAACUUUGAGGUGAAUGUCCCGGACACUAGUCCGAAAGCACUUGGAGACUGCAGGCAUCCUGGCUUUCUCCUUCCCAGCUCUGUCCCCAUUUCCCAGUCUCAAAGACCUUUGUCGUACCAAGGGCGUCUCUGUGUAAAUAGGGGCUUCCUAGAUCUGUCAGAGAGCUCUGGUGUCAGAACACACUUCAGAUCCCAGGAUUCCAUAGCACUGAGCCAUGGCGGUUAAAGUGGCGUCAAACUGCAUUAUUUCUGCAGUGCAGAUCAGACCUUUCUCUGUUACCACUGCAGUCUGCUGACUGCUCAAAAAUACAUGUUUGAAAGCUAAAAUCACUGUAUGUGGAGCACUGGCAUUUCAAGGAGAAGGGAAGACUUGCAUUCUUCUCCUUGCUACUUAGAUUUUUAGGUGAAGAGUCUUGUAUUUCUUUCUGCCUUUACUUGGAAGACUAUUUCUAUGACUCUCCAUGUAUAACAGCUGUGGUCAGUUUGGUUCUGGUGACCAGGGUUAUAAUCCCACUUCGGCUAUUUAAACUCAUUGGAGACCUUGGGCGAGUCACACUCUCUCAGCCUUAGAAGACUGCAAUACCAAUCCUUAUCUGAACAAAUCUUGCCAAGAAAACCCCAUGACAGGUUUGCCUUAGGGUUGCCAUAACUUGGAAACAAUGCACAUGACAAUAACAAAUAUCGUUGGACUGCAACUUCUGUCAGUUCGAGCCAGCACAGCCAGUGCUGGAGGAUGAUGGAAGCUGCAGUCUAGAAGCCUCUGGAGGCACAGAAAUAGCACGCACUAUAGAUUUUUCCAGGGGGGAAAAAGCUGCCAUAUCUUCUAGCUUAUCUGUUCUUUAUCAUUAACAAUUGUUGUCUUCUUGUCUACAUUCUGAUGUUGCUUGGCCACUUUUAUCCCACUUUUCACCUGUGAAAUCAUGGAAGGCAUAUCCCUGUGGUGCUACUUUUAUUCUUGCAGGGAGUUUUAUACCUAGCAGAGCACUUUGUGGGAUCUUCUAGCUGCUGUCUAUUGCAAGCCACCCUUCAACCUCAGGAUUCAACCUCUGCUGCCUGUGUGGACCAUGCUUGUGGCAUAUGAAAAUGUAUAGGAUUUUUGCAACUUACUUGUCCCAUUGAGCUUAAAAUAAGAGGGUGGCUGACUUAGCCUUUGGUGCAGGUUGAAACAUGACUAGUCACAUCUCAAACCCAGCUGCCAUGAUCUGAGGGAUGCUGGGAGUUGUAGUCCAAAGAAGUAAAUCAUCUGGUAUCUUGGUUUCCCAAACUCCCUUUGCUUUUCACAUUGCAAAGUUGGCAGUUUUAUCAUCUCUUUGCUACAGGUCUAUUUUCAGUGUGCAGCGUAGCAUACGCUGAACAAUAGAUGGGUGUGUUAGUGCAAGUUCUAGACCAAGCAAGCACAAAAAUGCAGUGAUACUACACAGACACAUCUAUAAAGCCUUUACCCCCAGUUUCUGAAUACCAGUUUAAUAGUUGUGCAUUCCCUCCAGCAACUCCUGGGGACUGUAGUUUGAUAAGGACCUAUAGUUUCAGAUCUGGGAAGUGAGACACAGGUAGAUACACCUGUAAAUCUCCACCAGAUUUGGGCAAAGCUCUGUGGCCCUACAGAUGUUUGCAACUCUUAUCAUUCCUCACCAUUGGCUACACUGCUUAGUGCUGCUGGGAUUUGUAGUUCAGCAACCUCAAGAAGGCCACACGAUCUAAAAUGUGGUUUCCAUAAUGUAGGGGUGCAAUUUCAUUCUCAAAGGAGUCAUGUUAACAUUUUCCCCCUCCCCGCUCCAGGAAAGUACUGUAAGUCAAAAACCGUGCACCGACUUAACUCCGUUCAAAAUUUGCACAUACAUUUUUGUGCUGAAAACAACAUUUUUGGUGCAGGAAGUAAAGUUUUGUCGGCAGAGAAAAAUAAUGAUUUCUGGGCAGAAAUAUUUCCGGGGCAGAAGAAGAUGCUGUUCCUGUGCAGAUAGUAUUUCUAUGCAGCAAACAGCAUUUCUCCCCAUAAAAUAGCUGAUAUAUUUUCUGCACAGAAAAUGCUGCAGAAAAUUCUAGGUUCUGCACAAAAAAGGUGCAAAUUUGAGAAGUACAUUUUUGGGACCAUUUUUGGGGGCAUCAUUUCAAAUAUCCUUUCCAUCCGUGCAGAAUAGAGAAAAAUCUCCCUGUCUGUUAGUAAAUGUUAUUCAUGUGGAUAAAGCUUGGCAUGGGAAAAGAAAGAAAGAAAGAGAAAAACCCUUCCAAAUUACGAUUUACAUUCCAAAGAAGCUGCCUCUGAUCAAGCAGAGACUAAAUCCAUAUCCAAAGACAGGGAGCAAUAAUUCCUAUCUUGUCUUCGCAGAAGGGUUUCAUAUUUCUGUGAGCCUUUUUUAAAAUAUUUAUUUCGCUUCUUAUUAUUUGUAAAUAAAGUGCAUCAGAAACACCG